AUGGUUUCACCACGAUCACGACACCCAACUACAAUGGAGAACCUCCCUGGCGAAGUUUUAUCAGACAUAUUCAUCAGGUUAUUGGCAAAACAGCUUGCUCAAAUGAGGUGCGUUUGCAAAGAUUGGAAUGCUCUGUUAUCUGAAUCCUCCUUUGUAAAAUCCCACCUCCAUCGUUCUAUGCAUAUCAACCAGAAGAUUCUUAUGUUCUUCGGUGUUAGGGCUGACUGUACUUCAUUCACUGCAAGCCCCUUUUCUUCUCCCGCUAUCGAACUCGACAAUUUUUUCAAAUUCCCCGUUAAUCUCGAAUCUCAACCUGCACGUUGUUUUGGUAAUGUCGUUGGAUGUGUGAAAGGGUUAAUAUGUUUUAAGUAUGAAUCAGGUGAUGAUUAUAUCGUUUGUAUUCAGAACCAUUCUCUCUCCGCUUUCUUAACUCUUCCGCCAUGUUCCAUGGGCUCCUCCUCUGAAUCAAGAAAUACCAUUUUCCGGUUUGGGUAUGAUCCCAAAACCGAUGAUUACAAAGUUGUUAAGCUUACAGAGCUUUUCGACCCACGAAGAAUGGCACCAGUUGAGGUUUAUAGCCUGAGAAAAGGUAAAGGUUCCUGGGAUUUGGUAUCUCAAAGAAUUCCAUCACACCUGCAAUGCAUUAGAGAUCUAGAUUUAGUUUGUGUAGAUGGGCAUGAAGGCCAUCUUCAUUGGUUUUGUUAUGCUUAUAUUGGUGGGAAGUUGACACAAUUGAUAUUGGCAUUUGAUUUGUGUUCAGAGAGAUUCAAGGAGAUACCUUUUCCAGAUUCUUUAAGAACAUGUUGCUUUGGAGAUCGGUUGAAUGUGGUGGGAGUUUUGGGUGGAAAGGUUUGUGUGAUGUCGAGGGUAAGAGAUACUGAUUGUGAGGUGUGGGUGAUGGAUGAGUAUUCAUGGGUCAAACUUCAUGUGUUUUCAGGGUUUAGUGGUGGUGAUAAAAUAUUUCCAUGUGGAUUUACAUCAAACAAGCAGUUUCUUUUUAGAUCUAUGAAUGAACUUAAUCGUUAUGGUUUGUAUGAUCCAGUUAUAGCCAAGACUAAAAACUUCAAGAUUCGUGGAAGAUCUGUUGGAUGUAAAGUUGUUGAGUAUGUUGACAGUCUUGUUUGGAUAGCACCUACCAAUAGAUUGAAUAAUUGA